CCCUCUCUCUCUCCCCCACCCCCUCCCUUCCCCUCUACGGAGUACUCUUCUAUUUCUUCUCUAUACCCCUCUACUACUUUUUAUAUCUACACCCGCCCUCACAUACAUCACCCUUGGUUAUACCCGACACGAUCAACCAUGGCUGCCGCGAUCAAAGAAACCGUCUCCAACCUUUUCCAUGGCCAGUCCCAGACCACCACCCUCCGGGAACCUUCCUCCGAGGAAUUCCAGCAACUGCAGCAGAAGUACACCGAUGCCGGACAAGGACAGGUCUUUGCUUUUGUCGAUGAGCUGAAGCCCGCCGAAAAGACCCAGCUGUUCCACCAGCUGAACAACUUCGACCCCAUCCGCAUCAACGAACUGGCCGAAAAGGCCUUGAACCCCCCCAAGGCCCAGGCUGGCCCGGUCUCUCUCGAACCCCUCCCCGACGUCGCCACCGCCUCGAUCCUAGACUCCGACCCAAGCGACCUGCAGAAAUGGUAUGAGGAGGGUGUGCAGCUGGUGGCUCAGAACAAGGUGGCUGUGGUGCUGAUGGCCGGUGGGCAAGGAACCCGUCUGGGUAGCUCCGCCCCCAAGGGAUGCUUUGACAUUGGCCUCCCCAGCCAGAAGUCCCUCUUCCAGAUCCAGGCGGAGCGCAUCGCUAAGCUCCAGCUCCUGGCCAAGAAGACCUCUGGCAAGGAUGCGGUGAUCCCCUGGUAUGUCAUGACCAGUGGACCUACUCGUAAGCCGACGGAGGAAUUCUUCCAGCAGCACAAAUACUUCGGCUUGGACAAGAGCAAUGUCAUCAUUUUCGAGCAGGGAGUUUUGCCCUGCAUCUCCAACGAGGGAAAGAUCCUGAUGGAGAGCAAGUCCAAGGCGGCUGUUGCGCCCGACGGCAACGGUGGCAUUUACCUGGCCCUUCUGACAUCUGGAGUGAGGGAGGAUAUGCGGAAGCGUGGGAUCGAGCACAUCCACACCUACUGCGUCGACAACUGCCUGGUCAAGGUUGCCGACCCCGUGUUCAUCGGCUUUGCCGCCUCUAAGGACGUUGACAUUGCGACUAAGGUCGUUCGGAAGCGCAAUGCCACCGAGUCGGUUGGUUUGAUCCUCCAGAAGAACGGCAAGCCCGACGUCGUUGAGUACUCCGAGAUCGACCAGGAGACGGCCGAGGCGAAGGACCCCAAGCAGCCCGACGUGCUCAAGUUCCGUGCUGCCAACAUUGUGAACCACUACUACUCCUUCCGUUUCUUCGAAUCGAUCGAGAACUGGUCCCACAAGCUGCCUCACCACGUGGCUCGCAAGAAGAUCCCUUGCAUCAAGCCCGAGACCGGCGAGGCGUACAAGCCCGAGAAGCCCAACGGCAUCAAGCUUGAGCAGUUCGUCUUUGACGUCUUCCCGAUGACCCCCCUGGAGAAGUUUGCCUGCAUCGAGGUGCGCCGGGAGGACGAGUUCUCGCCCUUGAAGAACGCCCGGGGCACGGGAGAGGACGACCCGGACACCAGCAAGGCCGAUAUUAUGAACCAGGGCCAACGCUGGAUUGAAAAGGCCGGCGGUGUCGUUGUCACCGAGGAAGCGGCCGUGGGGGUGGAGGUGUCUCCCCUGAUCAGCUACGGCGGAGAGGGACUGGAAUUCCUCAAGGGCCGUGAAAUCAAGGCCCCGGCUGUGAUUGAGAAGGAAGAGUAAAGGAGGGACCAGCACAUUAAUUGCAGGGAGUUGGAAUAGCCUGUACGAGCUCACUAAUAAUUGCAUGAACAAAGCGACACCCUUUUUUUUUUUUCCC